GAUACAUUUUCUAGUACUAACAUUCAAAUUCAAUAGCAGCUCCAUUUUUGACUCACCGUACCUCCAAUGGCGGCACCAAAACGACGUCGCUUACUCUCCAUAACCCUCCUCUUAAUUUUCUUUCUCAAUAUAUCCUCUUCACAAACCCUCCCUGAUACCAAUAAUGAUUUUGAUUCCAAUUCUGAUUCCGAUUCCGAUUCCAUUCUCAAUAUCAAGCAUCAACAACUUCUUGCAAAAAUCCUCAUUUUAGAGACCAGCAUUGAUGAAAGGAGCCGUGAAGUUAAUUCCAAAGACGAACGAAUCAAACAAUUGGAGACCGUUGUUCUUGAGAAAUCAAAUAGUUUGGCCUCUUUACGUAGCGAAAUUCAAUCCCUGCAGAAAAAGGAAUCUUUUGAUGCCAAGGAACAAGAGGCCGAGGCUAAUGCACAGGCGGGUGAACUUGAAAAGCAGGUUGAAAUUCUUAAUGAGGAAAUUGCAAAACAAAGCAUAAAAAGGGAUGAAAUGGAAGCUCGAAUAAAUAUUGCUGAGAGUAAAAUUGCAGAAUUGAACGAGAAACUCGAAAAGCUCCAGAGGAUUAACGAAGAACAGAAGAUUAUAAUUUUUAAUACAGAACUUGCUCUACAGAAGGCUGAGGAAGAAAGAAUCAGAGCCCAAUUUAUAGGUGCUAGGCACUCUAAGAAACUGGCAGAGCUGUUUGUGCAUCAGGUCUAUGAGUCUUGGUUACCACCUUGGCUGUCAGUUUAUUUAGUUCACUAUCAGUCUGUCAUGGUAACUCAUUGGAAUGUAUAUGGAAGACCAGCUUUGGAUAUUACAGUUCAAAAGGUACUGGAAACAAAAGCUCAAGUGCAAAUUUGGGCACAACCCUACAUUGAGGAGGCACACAUGAAGUGGAUCCCUACCAUAAAGGAGCAGUGGCUUACAUUUGUGACAGAUAUGGAACCACAUGUGCAAAUAUUUACUGCCAAGACUGUUGAAUUUUACCAUGACUCUAGGGAAAAGCUAGGGCCUCACAUUACCAACAUACAAACUAUGUUGGAUCCGUACGUUAAGGAAGCUAAGAAGUUCAUAAAUCCCUACAUCAAUCAGCUUUCGAACACAUUGAGACCUCAUAUUAAAAAGGCACACAUGUUCUUAAAGCCUUACACUAAGAAAGUUCUUCGUGGUUAUAGAAGGUUAUCUAAGACCACCCUAAAAUACCAUCACCAGGUCUAUGCUAAUAUUCACGAAAUGCUGAAGCAGAAUGAAUUUACACGUUCUGUUGCAAGUAAUGAGUUGGUGUGGUUUAUGGCCUCUUUUAUUAUGGUUUUCCCUGUGCUGAUUAUACUUUCUUGGGUGGCGACUUUAUUCAGUAAAAAACCACGAAGGCAUACGCGUGGUCCCCAUACAAGUCAUACACGUCGUAAGGCAAGACGGGUGCAUCCUGACAAGACAAACUUAUCAAGAUAGUUGGGCUGUAAUGCUGUAUUCUAAUUAUAAUCCUGAGCGCAUAGCAGUUGCUAUUGACAUACUUUUGUGGUGGAUUACAUCGAGAAUGGUAAAAGGACUCUAGCCGAAUCAUAGAUUCAAAAAAUUACUGGUAUGUUAAUACUACAAGAUAGACUAGAAUGUUUUGUAAAUUGAAAAAAAAGUAUGGAAGAAGAUAGAAAUCAAUGCAACAGCAUUUCUGUACCUCUUAAAUCGUCCAUUUUUUGGAAUUUUUUAGCGAUGUAUCUUUUUUUUCUUUAACACCAAGAAAAGGAGAGGAAGUUAACAUGUAUUUGUUUUGUGGAUGUAUUCUUCGACUGGACGAAGUAAUUAAGAGAAUCUUGGUGACCGCUGAUAACAUAGCAACUAAGUCUUUCUUGGUCAUUAAA